AUGUCGAGAUACAGUCAAAGAGAAUCAGAGAAUGAUGACCAGUUCAAUCUUUUGGCCAACAAACUAUCAACUCUUCGCUCCAUCACGGAAGAUAUCAAUAAUCAUGCAAGUCACACCGAUGUGAUGGAUAGCCUUUCUAAUAAUUUUGAUUCCAUGUUGAAGAGUGUCAAGAAUAGCGGAAUGCGUUUAACAAGAAGUAUGAAUAUGGGUACCGGUGUCUGGAGAACGGUAGGGAUUGUGUUGGUGCUAUUUUUCAUAAUAUGGACUUUGCUCAAGUUGCUAUAA